CCAGGCCUGGAGCCGACACCACCGCCAUCAUGCCGGCCGUAUCCAAGGGCGAUGGGAUGCGGGGGCUCGCGGUGUUCAUCUCCGACAUCCGGAACUGUAAGAGCAAGGAGGCGGAGAUUAAGAGAAUCAACAAGGAACUGGCCAAUAUCCGCUCCAAGUUCAAAGGGGACAAAGCUUUGGAUGGCUACAGUAAGAAAAAAUACGUCUGUAAACUGCUCUUCAUCUUCCUGCUUGGCCAUGACAUUGACUUCGGGCAUAUGGAAGCCGUGAACUUGCUUAGCUCCAACAAGUACACAGAGAAGCAGAUAGGUUACCUGUUCAUCUCGGUGCUGGUGAACUCGAACUCUGAGCUGAUCCGGCUCAUCAACAAUGCCAUCAAGAAUGACCUGGCCAGCCGCAACCCCACCUUCAUGUGUCUGGCCCUGCACUGCAUCGCCAAUGUGGGCAGCCGCGAGAUGGGCGAGGCCUUCGCCGCUGACAUCCCUCGCAUCCUGGUGGCCGGGGACAGCAUGGACAGCGUGAAGCAGAGUGCGGCCCUGUGUCUGCUGCGGCUCUACAAGGCCUCGCCCGACCUGGUGCCCAUGGGCGAGUGGACGGCCCGCGUCGUGCACCUGCUCAAUGACCAGCACAUGGGCGUGGUCACAGCUGCUGUCAGCCUCAUCACCUGUCUCUGCAAAAAGAACCCGGAUGACUUCAAGACGUGCAUCUCCCUGGCUGUGUCUCGCCUGAGCAGGAUCGUCUCCUCGGCCUCCACUGACCUCCAGGACUACACCUACUACUUCGUCCCCGCGCCCUGGCUCUCAGUGAAGCUCCUGCGGCUGCUGCAGUGCUACCCCCCGCCAGAGGACGCGGCCGUGAAGGGCAGGCUGGUCGAGUGUCUGGAGACUGUGCUCAACAAGGCCCAGGAGCCGCCCAAGUCCAAGAAGGUCCAGCACUCCAAUGCCAAGAACGCCAUCCUCUUCGAGACCAUCAGCCUCAUCAUCCACUACGACAGUGAGCCCAACCUCCUGGUGCGGGCUUGCAACCAGCUGGGCCAGUUCCUGCAGCACCGCGAGACCAACCUGCGCUACCUGGCCCUGGAGAGCAUGUGCACGCUGGCCAGCUCCGAGUUCUCCCACGAGGCGGUCAAGACCCACAUUGACACCGUCAUCAACGCCCUCAAGACGGAGCGGGACGUCAGUGUGCGACAGCGGGCGGCCGACCUCCUCUACGCCAUGUGUGACCGGAGCAACGCCAAGCAGAUCGUGUCGGAGAUGUUGCGGUACCUGGAGACUGCUGACUACGCCAUCCGUGAAGAGAUCGUCCUGAAGGUGGCCAUCCUGGCUGAGAAGUACGCAGUGGACUACAGCUGGUACGUGGACACCAUUCUCAACCUCAUCCGCAUCGCAGGCGACUAUGUGAGUGAGGAGGUGUGGUACCGCGUGCUGCAGAUUGUCACCAACCGUGAUGACGUCCAGGGCUAUGCUGCCAAGACUGUGUUUGAGGCGCUCCAGGCCCCAGCCUGUCACGAGAACAUGGUGAAGGUCGGCGGCUACAUCCUUGGGGAGUUCGGAAACCUGAUUGCCGGGGACCCCCGCUCCAGCCCCCCAGUGCAGUUCUCACUGCUGCACUCCAAGUUCCACCUGUGCAGCGUGGCGACGCGGGCCCUGCUGCUGUCCACCUACAUCAAGUUCAUCAACCUCUUCCCGGAGACCAAGGCCACCAUCCAGGGCGUGCUGCGGGCCGGCUCCCAGCUGCGCAACGCGGACGUGGAGCUGCAGCAGCGCGCGGUCGAGUACCUCACCCUCAGCUCGGUGGCCAGCACGGACGUCCUGGCCACGGUGCUGGAGGAGAUGCCGCCCUUCCCCGAGCGCGAGUCGUCCAUCCUGGCCAAGCUCAAGCGCAAGAAGGGGCCGGGAGCCGCCAGCGCCCUGGACGAUGGCCGGAGGGACGCAAGCAGCAAUGACAUCAACGGGGGUGUGGAGCCCACCCCCAGCACGGUGUCGACACCCUCACCCUCCGCCGACCUCCUGGGGCUGCGGGCAGCCCCUCCCCCAGCGGCACCCCAGGCUCCCGCGGGUGCAGGCAACCUCCUGGUGGACGUCUCUUCCGAUGGCCCAGUCGCCCAGCCCGGCCUGGGGCCCACCCCCGAGGAGGCCUUUCUCAGCGAGCUGGAGCCGCCUGCUCCUGAGAGCCCCAUGGCUUUGCUGGCUGACCCAGCUCCAGCUGCUGACCCAGGUCCUGAGGACUUCGGGUCGCCCAUCCCAGAGGCUGAUGAACUGCUGAAUAAGUUCGUGUGUAAGAACAAUGGGGUCCUGUUUGAGAACCAGCUGCUGCAGAUUGGAGUCAAGUCAGAGUUCCGGCAGAACUUGGGCCGCAUGUAUCUCUUCUACGGCAACAAGACCUCAGUACAGUUCCAGAGCUUCACGCCCACUGUGGUCCACCCUGGGGACCUCCAGACUCAUAUCCUCUUGGCCUGGCCCAGCCCCCUGGCUCCGGGUCUGCCUUCCUGGGACGAGAUGGACCCGGGUCGAGACCCGUCUUCAGCCCUCUUGCCUGAGAGCCUGAGCGUGCCGGCCACACUGACAGUGUUUGUGCUGGAUCAUAUCAUUGAGCACCGAGGACACAGCGUCCAAUUCGCAGAUGAGGCUGAGGGAGGCCAACGCCCUCUCUCCCACGCCAGGUAUGGGGGAGCCCCUCAGUCCCUCACCCUGAAGCUCCCCGUGACCAUCAACAAGUUCUUCCAGCCAACAGAGAUGGCGGCCCAGGACUUCUUCCAGCGCUGGAAGCAGCUGAGCCUCCCCCAACAGGAGGCACAGAAGAUCUUCAAAGCCACCCACCCCAUGGACGCUGAAGUCACGAAGGCCAAGCUCCUGGGGUUUGGCUCCGCUCUCCUGGACAACGUGGACCCCAACCCCGAGAACUUCGUGGGGGCCGGGAUCAUCCAGACGAAAGCCCUGCAGGUGGGCUGUCUGCUCCGGCUGGAGCCCAACGCCCAGGCUCAGAUGUACCGGCUGACCCUGCGCACCAGCAAGGAGCCUGUCUCCCGUCACCUGUGUGAGCUGCUGGCCCAGCAGUUCUGAGCCCCGGACCCUGCCCCCGGAAGUGUGGCCGGUGCCAGGAAGCCCCCAGGACUGAGGGAGCUUUGGUGGAUCGGAGCAGUGAGGGGACCUCUGCUGGUGACAGGGAAGACCCCAGGGUAGGGGGGUGCCUGGGACUUUCCUCCGGCCUUUUGUAUUUUUAUUUUUGUUCAUCUGCUGCUGUUUACAUUCUGGGGGGUUGGGGGAGCCCCCUCCCUCCCUUCC